AUGUCAACGAGAAGAAGCGCCAGGAUUCUUAACAUUGACUUGGGCGUCACUACUAAACCAGCUGAACCUGCACCUGAGUCUAUUGCCGCACAGAAGAGGAAGCGCAAAGCCCCGGACCAAGACAAGAAAGAUGAGCCGACAACGAAAGGGAAGAAAGUGCCAGUGAAGAAGGUGAAAACGGCAACAUCAGCCGUUGGCAAGCCAAAAUCGAAGGCCAAUGCCACAGCCGAGUCUGAGAUUCCGAACGACACGGUCCCAGUUCCGGACGAUGUCUUGUCAGUCUUGCCAGCCGAGAUACUCCAACAGAUCCUCGAAAGCGUCAAUGACCCAAAAAGCAUGAUCAAGAUGGCCUGUACCUCCAAGCGAUAUUAUGCUGUCGUAAUGGCCAUCAUCCAUAAACGCAUUUCUGUCUCAACCUACUUCUGGGCUCACAUUCCCCACGUCAUCCGUCGAAUCGAACCUCAUCUAAGUAUAGCUCAAAAGAAACAGCUCAAGAGAGAGCGCCAGUACAAAGGUCAACAGGAAAAGUUCUCAGCUCUCCUUGAUCCAAAUGCAGUGCCUUCUUGUGCCAGCAAUGUCCGGCAGAUGAUCAUUGGAAAGAUUGACCCCGGCAAGAGGCACAAGCCCUUUUUGCUGAGGUAUUUUGAAGAGGUCUUGAAAAACCUCCACAACUUGGAAGUCUUUGAUACUAAGGACCUAACUAAUUUGAUGGCGGAGGGCCUUUCUAAAAUGGAAGAUCUUAAAUCUAUACGACUCGACCCCUACGAGCAUAGCAUAAAGUCUGAAGCUAUGAUUUCACUCACCAAACUCAGUAAUCUCGAGCACAUCUGCAUCGAAGACAGAGGUUAUGGAUCAAUUGUGGUGGCCAACGAAAGACCCUUACAGAGCAUGCUACUCAACUCCCUAUCAACCCUCCAGAGUCUUGAGAUUCGAACAUCCAAAUAUUACUCUGAUUUUCUUGGCGAUUGGGAAGGCAAACUCAAAACUCGCAACCCUGAUGCUUUGAAACAAGGCUUCAGUGGUGACUUUUGUGAAAACAUGAUGCCGAACAUCACAAGAGCUUUUGACUUUCUUAAGCUGAGGGAGCUUAAUCUCAUGGGCCUUGAAGAAGGACAGCUCACGUUCUUUAAACAUCUCGAAGACCUGUUCAGUAAAGCUGACAAGCGUGAGAUCCACCUGCGAAAGCUGUGCUUGGAUAUGAAGGGACCUGACUACCAGUCCAACUAUGCUGAAACCGAGGUCCAUCUCGAGGGGAUGUAUCGAUUUAUCUUAUCGUUUGACUCGUUGACCAGCUUGGAAAUACAUGACUACAACAUGUAUAACACCAACGUGCAGUCAAAUCCGGGACUAUCGAGGCGAUUGUUACAGUCGGUUGUGAAGCAUACAGGGCUCGAAAUACUGCGCUUUCAUUAUCGGCAUUCGGGUAGUGAGCCAUGGGACAUCCCGUUCGCCUCAGCAGAGAAUGUGAACAUCUUGACCAAGAACCUACCUUCGCUACAGGUCUUUGAGGUUGCGCCCCAAGAAGAUAACCUUGUAAGUUGUUACACCUAUCUUCCCAGGAAGGUUAAAACUGACACAGAGGAGGAUGCAAUGGCCCGCGCUCUAUCACGCGCCAAGAACUUGACAAAUCUGCUUUGCCCCAACUUCAAGAGCUAUUACGAAGAUCGAGAAAACGCCCACUUGAACUUGGCUAAAAAGCUCCUGGGGGGAUUUCUGGAAAACGCUAGUAGCUGUGACAAAUUCGUUUGGGAGGAGCACUACAAGCUUGGACGUAUCACCAUGGGUUGGACAGACUUACGUAUCGGAUCUGGACUGAAACCGAAGAAGAAUUUUGAAAAGCCCGUCAAGAUCGAGAUGGCCGAUCGUGCGGUGAUGGUGCAGGACUUACGGCCGAAGAAGUGGGGAGACUCGAAGCAGGUGUAUUACACUGCUGAUAGUCGAUGGGUGGAUAAUGUUACGAGGCCGGAUGGUCGCGAGGGACCGUUACAGCUUGUGUAUGAUGAUUAA